GCACUCCAGCCCCAGUGUGUAGGAACCAGAGCAGUGGAGCUCUGAGCUAGACAUGGCGGCGGAUCCUAAGCCGGACUGGCUCUCCUGCCUUCCCUCUGCCUGGAGUUACGGGGUGACUCGGGAUGGACGCAUAUUCUUUAUCAACGAAGAAGCGAAGAGCACAACCUGGCUGCAUCCCGUUACCGGGGAAGCCGUAAUCACGGGGCACAGAAAAACUCCAGAUUUACCAACAGGAUGGGAGGAAGGAUACACAUUCGAGGGAGCUCGCUGCUUCAUCAAUCACAAUGAGCGAAAGGUGACCUGUAAGCACCCGGUUUCAGGCGUCCCCUCCCAAGACAACUGCAUCUUUGUCGUGAACGAACACAUGAAUUGUGGAAUGCUUGUCCACCCUGACAAGCCAGUAGAGGCUCUGAGCAGGCCGGCUCCCAAGGCUUCGUCAGAGCAAGGCAGCACCAGUGACAAGAAGGAGCGUCCCAUGAGCACCAUGAGCGAAGCAUCAAACUACACGGGGGGCUCCGACUACAGCACCUUCCCCGGCAGCCCGGCCACCGCCGCCAACACCACCACCACCACCACCACCACCUCCACUUCAUCCACACGGCCCUCUAGGUCUUCCAAAAAAGUUCACAACUUCGGGAAGAGGUCAAACUCCAUCAAGAGGAACCCCAAUGCCCCGGUUGUCAGGAGCAACUGGCUUUACAAACAGGACAGCACAGGCAUGAAGCUGUGGAAGAAGAGGUGGUUCGUUCUGUGCGACCUGUGCCUCUUCUACUACCGUGACGAGAAAGAGGAUAGCAUCCUGGGAAGUAUCCUGCUGCCAAGCUUUCACAUCUCCAUGUUGUCUGUGGAUGACCACAUCAGCAGGAAAUACGCUUUCAAGGCCACUCACCCCAACAUGCGGACGUAUUAUUUCUGCACCGACACAUCCAAAGAGAUGGAGUCCUGGAUGAAAGUCAUGACGGAUGCUGCCCUCGUCCACUCUGAACCAGUGAGAAGACUGGACAAGUUGAAAGUGGAUCAGCGGACACCUCAGGAGUUGAACAACUUCCUGAACCACAGAGUCCUAACCCGACCCGAGAUCCAGAACAACGAACGCAACCGCGAGCCCGUGCGACAACACUCCCUGUCUCGAGUUGACGACAAACGGCAGAAAGACCUGGAGAAACACAACUGCCAGCGGGAGUACUACACCUUACAGAGAGAGGGGGAGAGGUACUCGCUGAAGAAAGACGGCGUGAGCUACAUGCUUCAGAAGGACGGAGAGAGGUACAUGCUGCGAAAAGACGGGGACAAGUCUUCACUGCAGAAAGAUGGAGAGGUGUGCGCACUCCACAGGGAUCUGGAGAAGCAUGCUGUCCAGAACAAGGACGAAACGUGCACUGUCACGCCGACGGAGGAGAAAUACGCUCCGUCUAAAGAUGGAGAGAAGUACCUGCUCGCGAAGGAUGGAGAGAAAUACGCACUACAAAAAAUAGGAGACAGGCACACACUCCAGAAAGAUGGACCGAUAUACGUUCCCCAGAAGCAGGUGAAGAGACAGCUGUCAUUAAAGGAGACGGAGAGGUACGGCGUCAUGAGGGAGAUGGAGAAUAAAUAUGGUACCAUACAGGUUGUGGACAAAUACGGCACUCUGAAGGAAGUGAGGAAAUACAGCACGCUCCGGGAAGGGGAUAAAUACGCUGCUCUCCGAGACGCAGGGAAGUAUGCUACGAUCCGUGGCGGGGAUAGAUAUGGCUUCCAGAGAGACCCGAGUGCAGAGAGGUCUCUGACUAAAAUCAGCAGCAUCAAGCUGCAGCCGGCUCAGGCCGCCGCUAUCGCUGCCGCGGUGUCUGCAUCACGCCAGGGCCAGGCCAAUCUCAAUGUCCAGCAUCCUGCGCAGGUCAAUGGCUCGGGGUCCGCGGCGGCGCCCGCGGAGCAGACUGGGGACUGCAGCCCGGCAGAGGUGGACAGCAGCCUGGCCAUGGGUCCGGGAAAGUCCCCUGCUCCGGUCCAGGAGCCGGAGAAGGGCCUGUCCCGGACCAACUCCAUGCAGCAGCUGGAACACUGGGUCCGCGCACACAGGACAAGAGGACUGGACGAUGACACCAGGAGUGUUACGUCCUACCAGACCCUACCCAGGAACAUGCCCAGCCACCGUGCUCAGAUUGUGCCCCGCUACCCAGAGGGCUACCGCACGCUGCCCCGCAACAGCAUGAUGAGGCCCGACAGCAUCAGUAGCGUGGCAGGCUCUGUGUAUGACCGGGCCCUCCGUCCCGCCUCCACCAGCACCAUCACCACAGCGGAGAAGAGGCGGUCAAUGAGGGACGACACCAUGUGGCAGCUGUAUGAGUGGCAGCAGAGACAGGCCUUCUCCAGGCACAGUCUAGCUCAGCCAACAGCUGUGGGUCAUUAUGGCACCCUGCCCAGCACAAAGACCAUGGGUAACAUCUGUGAACACGCUGUGGCGCACUCCAUCCCCACCUCACCGUCUCACGGCUCCCUGGCCCUCUACACCUUCUCCCCCCCGCGCCAGCAGGUCCCUCCCAACCCCAGCAGCUCCCACUCCGAGGUGUCCUCACCUGUCUCCAGGGGGGACCGGACGCUGGACCACCGGCACAGGACACAGCUCGCCAAGUACGGCUACCCGCCUGACCGACGAUCCAUCGCAGCCGGCGUCCCUCCUCAGUCCAUCACCCCACAGUCCCUGCAAGGCAAGACGCCCGAGGAGCUGACCCUGCUCCUGAUCAAGCUCCGCCGGCAGCAGGCGGAGCUCAACAGCCUGCGGGAACACACAGUAGCUCAGCUAAUGGCCCUGGGUUUGGAGGGGCCCAACGCCAAGACUGACGUUCUUUCUCAUCACCUCCAAAGGAACCUUAUUUACCUGGACAGCCAGAUCAGUCCAGACGACUUCAAAGACGGCUCGUUCAUCCCGCGCACAGAGGAGGCUGACAUAGACACCAAGCUGAGCAGACUUUGUGAGCAGGACAAGGCGGUGAGGAUGCAGGAGGAGAAACUGCAGCAGCUCCACAGAGAGAAGCACACUCUUGAGACGGCCCUGCUGUCUGCCAGUCAGGAGCUGAGUGAGCAGAGCGGCUCCAGCGCCGGCGCCACCCAGAGCCUGGUCCAGCAGAGGGACGUGCUGCAGAACGGCCUGCUCAGCACCUGCAGAGAGCUGUCCAGAGUCAGCACUGAGUUGGAGCGUUCCUGGAGGGAGUACGACAGGUUGGGGGCAGACGUUACUCUGGCCAAGUCCAACCUGCUGGAGCAGCUGGAGGCCCUGGGCAGUCCGCAGACAGAGCCUCCAAGCCAGCGGCACAUCCAGAUCCAGAAGGAGCUGUGGAGGAUCCAGGACGUGAUGGAGGCUCUGGCCAAAAACAAACCACAGCGGAGCACAGACAGCACAGGUUUACCCGGUUCCAAACCGCUCUCCAGUCUCCAGAAGAACGAGCAAGCUCCAGACUACCGGCUGUAUAAGAGCGAGCCUGAGCUGACCACGGUGAAGGAGGAAGUAGACGAGGCCAACGGUGAGGACAAGGACAAGACCGACUCCUCUGCUGAGAGUAGGGACACUGCAGCUUCAAAAGUGCCCCCCUACCCGGUGGGCAUCAUUCCUCCCAGGACCAAAUCCCCCAUAAGUCCUUGCAGGAGUCCUCCCGAGUCCUCCACUAUUGCCUCCUAUGUCACCCUGAGAAAGACCAAGAAGCCUGAAUCCAGAUCAGACCGUCCCAGGAGUGCCGUGGAUCAGACAGGGUUUGGGGAGCGGGAGGUGGGGAGAACCAGGAUGAGUGUGGAGGAGCAGCUGGAGAGGAUGAGGAGGAACCAGCAGGCCUCGUCGCUUCGAGAGAAGAAGAGAGAAACGCCAUCCCGCUCGCCCUCCUUCAGCAAAGACAGCCCUUCCUUUAUCCAGCAGAGUCGGCUCCAGGCGGAGGGGGCGUGUGCAGACCCUGUGGAGCUGGAAGCGGCUCUGCAGCAGCUGAAGGCGGCUCACAUGGAGCGGAGCAGGACGGCUGCUGAGGCUCAGCCUGCCCCACAGGAGGUGUACAGUGUGGAGGAGGUGAAAGAUGAGGUGCAGCGUGACGGGGACGGUCACGGGACUCUGCAGAGCGUGAAGGAGGCCAACAGCACAGACAGUGAGCUGUGUGAAAGCCAGAGGGUGGUGAUUGUGGACCUGGGCGUGGAGCCUCAGCGUGUGGAGAUUGUAAACCUUCACUCUUUUGAGGAUGACGAAAGCAGAGAGCAAGAUCUGACUAGCUCACCAACAAACACCACCACUGACAACAGCUUCCAGACUCCUGAGCCUGAGACGCCGAGCCCGGAGCCGAGGGAGGACGAAUCAGACGCGAAGCAACAGAGCGCCAGAGAGGAGAAGCUGGAGCUAACCGCAGACGACAAGAAACACAACAACAACAACAUGUUGGCUUCGCAGACGUUCACCUUGGUGAGCAGAGACACGUGAGCGUUGGCGGCCACGACAUCCACACUGGCGGCCCAUAAAGCCCAAAUGUAGCCUGCCUGCACAGAGCAUGCUCCACGGCUUCCUGCGUUUACAACAGGACUAUUUUGAUACUACUGUUACAUGCCCACAAGGAGACUGAGACUGCGAGGACGACAGCCCUGACAACACACAGAUGGGCCGCCAUCACUUCCAGACAGAGAGAGAGGCAGAUGUACUGUAUCUUAACACCUGUUGAAUCUGUCCAGACUGAUAUGUCCCUGGGCAAAACACCAACAUAUGGAGUCAGAUUUGUCUCAAAACAUUUCUGCAUAAAAAUAAGAUUGUGAAAUGGUCAUAAAAAAAAGUUACAAAUGAUGUUUGAGCUGAAAUAUACUUGCGCAACGCCCAGAAGAAGGACUUUUGAGAGUUUUUUCUGGUUUCCAUAUGAGUCUCCAGCUCAGUCGCGGCCAGGGGAAAGUAACUGGCCAGGCAUUUGGUUUUUAUAGGCGGGCCCUGACAAUCUAAUUCUUUUUUUCUGACUUUUCAAUUCAACAAUGGAUUCAUAUUGAAUAGUUCAA